AGGAUAAUCAUUUUAAUGCAGAAAAAAAAAACAACAACCACACCUUACAGCUGGCAGCCAUGUUGUUCCCAAGGCAACCCAAAGCUUAUCCUCGUUGGUCUUGUAAGAAGAAGAGAGCGUGAAACAGAAAGACAGGGGGGGAUCACCUGGUCUGACAGAAUGGGUUAUGAGUCGGAGCGUUUUGUGGGCUACGUGAACGAAGGAUUGCUGUGCUGUGUGUGUCGUGACGUGUUGGAGGAUCCUGUGCAGGCUCCGUGUGAGCACGCUUUCUGCAGGACCUGCAUUCACGCCUGGCUUGGGAACCAUCGGAACUGCCCCGAGGACCGGCUCCCCCUUAGCAGCGCAAACCUGCGGCCGCUCCACAGAUACAUGCGGAAUGACUUGGCGAGGCUCCAGGUGAAGUGCAUGUAUCGCUCACAAGGAUGUGAGGUCAUCUGUGCGUUGGAGUCCAUUCAUCGGCAUGAGGAACAGUGUGACUUUGCUCUGUAUAAUUGUAGCAGUGCUGGUACAUACACACAUCGAACACGUACACACAACAUCAGGUGUACAGGUGUUAACAAAGUGGAUGGGGAGGAAUACUUGUGUUACCGCUGUGGUUGUCCAGUGCGAGUGUCUCAGCAUUCUCUGGAAGCACACUUGUGUGUGUGUGAGUACCGCAGCAGAGUGUGUGCAAGUGGGUGUGGAUACACACUGUCAAAGGCAGACGAGGCUCAGCACAACUGCAUCUCUGAACUCCGAGCUGAGCUGGACUUGCUGAGGACUGAACUGGAUUGUAAGGUUGUGGAAGUGAGACGUGAGAUGGAGUCCCGGCUGGAUUCUCAGAGGAGACACAUGGUGCAAAAGGAGAACUUACUGAAAAACGAGGUGGAUGAGCUCAAGGGCCAACUGUCCCGUGUGGUGUCGGACGUGUGUGCAUUAUUGGGAGCAGAGCAAACUCGUUGGAAAGAGCUGCAGAGGGUGGAGCUUGAGAAAGCAGAGCUUCUGGAACGUCUGAAGAAUGAGGUUCUUAAACCAGGCACGGCCACACAAACAGUGACGCGUCAUGACGAGGAGCAUCGCAAGCAAAAUCCACAUGGCCCAACAUUAGACUGCCUCAAGAAGAAGAGCAGAGACAUCACGGUUCUCUGAACACCAGCACACACGACUGCACAGCUGUUCGAGGGCCUGCUAACUGUCAGAUUCUCUUGGUGCAGAUACAUGCUGCUAACCAACUACAGUCCCCUGCAAAAGUAUUGGAACAGCAAGACCAAUUCUUUUGUUUUUGUUAAACACUGGGUUUGAGACGAUAUAUGAGAAUUUCAGCUUUCAUUUCCUGAUAUUUACAUUUAGAUGUGUUAAACGACUUAAAACACGGAACCUUUGGUGGCAGACCACCCAAUGUUUAGGUGAGCAAAAGUAUUGGAAGAGAUAGUCUUAAAGUAAAUAGCACUUAAUAUUUGGUUGCAUAUCCCUGGCUUGCAAUAAAUGCAUCAAGCCAGCAACCCACCGUCAUCACCAAACUGUUCCACAGCUUCUUUCACAUGUACACCCAGGGCUCAAGAGUAUUCAGUGCUGUUCAUUGUUUAAACAAUCAAUUUAACAUGGUUCACCUGGACAACAAGAAACACCUGUCGGUCAACAUGUUCCAAUACUUCUGAUCACUCGAAAAAUGGGUGGGUUCAAACAAAAAGUGGCAAAAACUAAAAUUGUUUAACACAUCUAGACGUAAAUAUCAAGAAAUUUAUCGUCUCAUUCAUCUUCUGAUCUCAAACUUAAAUGUCUUCAGUGCACGGCGAAAACAAGAAUUGGCCUUGUCGUUUCAAUACUUUCAGAGGGGACUGUAUGGUUCAAUACUCCAGUGGCAUUUUUCACAAAUGCAUAAGGUGUUCAUAUUAUCUGAGCAGUUUUCUAAAUGAUUUUCCAAAACAAAUUAAAUAAUUAGGAACCUUCACAUAUUUUCACAAUGAUUUAUUUCACAUUAUUUGUCUAUUUUCUCAAACUGGCUCACAAUAAAAUACUUUGCAAAGGA